AUGACAAAUCAACGUAAAGUGCGCAAGGAUUGUUAUGAGAGCAGAUUACAUGAUAUAGCUAAAACCUGUGCCAUGAAGGAGAAAAGCAAAAAUGCUGCACGCACGCGUCGUGAAAAGGAAAAUACCGAAUUCUGUGAAUUGGCCAAAUUAUUGCCAUUGCCAGCGGCGAUUACGUCACAGCUGGACAAGGCGUCCGUCAUACGUCUGACCACAUCCUAUUUGAAAAUGCGCCAAGUAUUUCCCGAUGGUUUGGGUGAAGCUUGGGGCUCCUCGCCGGCCAUGCAGCGUGGCGCAACCAUCAAAGAGUUGGGCUCACAUUUAUUGCAGACAUUGGACGGCUUCAUCUUUGUGGUGGCGCCGGAUGGCAAAAUCAUGUACAUCUCAGAGACCGCCUCGGUGCACCUGGGCCUCAGUCAGGUCGAGCUGACGGGCAACUCCAUAUUCGAGUAUAUACACAGCUAUGAUCAGGAUGAAAUGAAUGCCAUUUUGUCACUGCACCCGCAUAUGCAUCAGCAUCCGCUCUCCCAGACACACACGCCCAUUGGCAGUCCGAAUGGCGUGCAACAUCCGGCGGCAUAUGGCCACGAUCGUGGCUCGCAUACGAUCGAAAUUGAGAAGACCUUCUUCCUGCGCAUGAAAUGUGUUUUGGCCAAGCGCAAUGCGGGCCUAACAACCUCUGGCUUCAAGGUGAUACACUGUUCCGGUUAUUUGAAAGCGCGCAUUUAUCCGGACUGUGGUGAUGGCCAGGGCAGUCUUAUACAGAAUCUCGGCCUGGUUGCCGUCGGUCACUCGCUGCCUUCAUCUGCCAUCACAGAAAUCAAACUGCAUCAGAAUAUGUUCAUGUUUCGUGCCAAGCUCGAUAUGAAGUUGAUCUUCUUCGAUGCACGCGUAUCGCAGCUAACCGGCUACGAGCCACAGGACCUUAUCGAGAAGACGCUUUAUCAGUACAUCCAUGCGGCGGACAUCAUGGCCAUGCGCUGCUCCCAUCAAAUCCUGCUGUACAAAGGACAAGUUACCACCAAAUAUUAUCGCUUCCUGACCAAAGGCGGCGGCUGGGUCUGGGUGCAAUCCUAUGCCACGCUGGUGCACAACUCCCGCUCCUCCCGCGAGGUCUUCAUCGUGAGCGUCAACUAUGUGCUCAGCGAACGAGAGGUCAAAGACUUGGUCCUGAAUGAGAUACAAACGGGCGUGGUCAAACGGGAGCCCAUCUCACCGGCGGCUCAGGCAGCAGCGGUGGCAGCGGCAGCAGCAGCGGCAGCGGCAACUGCCUCAGCAUCGGCGGCCACUUGCGUUCCACCACAACAACAGCAACAGCAGCAACCACAAUUGCCCGCGUCCAGCACGCCAGCGUUAAGUGUCAGUCCCAAGUUGGAUCCCUACUUUGAGCCAGAGUUGCCGUUGUCCGUGCAGCCGCAGCCGCCCAAUGCGCUCACGCCGGUGCCCACUAACAACAACAACAAUAACAACAGCAACAACAACAGCAAUCCGGUCGUGUGGCAUCAUCAGCAGCUGCAUCAACAGCAAUCCGGCAGCAUGGAUCACGAUAGCCUCAGUUAUACGCAACUCUAUCCGCCGCUCAACGAUCUGGUGGUCAGCUCCAGCAGCAGUGUGGGCGGUGGCACCGCUUCCAGUGCCGGCGGUGGCUCCAGUGCAUCGGCCUCAUCCUCAGGUGUUUACUCAACGGAAAUGCAGUAUCCGGACACAACGACGGGCACGCUUUACUAUAACAACAACAAUCACUACUAUUAUGACUAUGAUGCCACGGUGGAUGUGGCCACGUCCAUGAUACGACCCUUCUCGGCCAACUCCAACAGCUGCUCGAGCAGCUCGGAGAGCGAUCGUCAGUUGUCCACGGGCAAUGCCUCCAUUGUGAAUGGCACAUCACCAUCGCAAACCACCUACAGCGAUCUGAGUCACAACUUUGAGCUGAGCUACUUUUCCGACAACAGUUCACAGCAGCAACAGCAACAUCAGCACCAUCACCAACAUCCACACCAACAGCAGCAACAUUUGCUGGAGCAACAACAU